AUGGCACAAGACUGGAGGGAGCGUGCGCACAAAGCCGUCGACACGGGCCCUGCCGCACUCCGCGACUUCCUUCGCCUGAAGGGUAAUGACCCGCGUGACGACCAAGCUGUCGACCUCCUGGACUACAUCCACACACAAGGGAGGAGCAGUGGUCUCCAGAAUCUUUAUAACGUCCUGUUCGACGCUAUCAGAACCCCCAGCGGGCAGCACCGAGAUCGAUUUCAAGCAACCCAGGGCCAAAACGAUCGAACCGAGCGAGAGAGGCGGAGACGACCAUGGCAUUAUCCUGGACUGUCCUUGUACGGUGUCUUCAAGCUUUCGAUGGACAAUGAUGUUAAGAACGCGCUGGGAAGCAAUAAAACACCCACACCCUCAACGUUGACAUGGUUGAUCUGGGAAAAUGCAAAGGAGGAGCUUUACUGCAGCGGUGCCAUCAUCGCAUGCGCCACAUCCGGGUUCGAUAUUUUGCUUCAGGAAGUGGUGGAGAAGCUAAAGGAAACACUGGAGGGACGGAAGCAAGAACAGCUUGAGAUCCUGUUUCAGACUCUAGGAAAUUCCAGUUCUGAUUUUACGGCUCUUGGGAGCGCCAUUGUCAACCGAACCGUCAAUUGCUUCAGCACACUGUGCUUCUUUGAAGGGGCUGCCGAAUACAUCUUGUCAGAGGAAAAUGUUGUGACCGGGAGCGGCCAGAGAGAACCCUUGCUCCAUUGGACCUUACAACAAAUCUCCGCAAGGCUGAUGAGGGAAAGCUUUGUCAACGAUGGGAACGACACGGUCUCCGACGAAGACGAAAAGUUAAUGGAAAGGAUAAUCGCACUCCAACCUCGAUUACUUACUCAGCAUAACGCAGAAGGCCUUCCACCCUACAUUGCAGCACUGAACAUUCAAGAGGCGCUUCGUACUCGAUCUGGAGCUUCGGGAUACCAGGGUCUGAGCCAAAUUAUCAGGGACGGAAUCCAUGGUCAACUGAAAGACCCCGACGACUGGCGGCGUGCCUUAUAUCCUCAUUCUGAUCUAGGUAAAGAAGUGAGCCUUGACUUGUCUGAUUUCAACUAUGGAUCCCACUAUUUUUCAAACUUCGUCAGCCACUUGGAAGAAUUCAAAGAUCGACUCAAGUCCUAUGGCAAAAAGUGGGAAUUUGAAGAGACCCUUCUCUACCUCAUACUCCCCAAUCUUCCCAAAAAGGAAGAUCACGCUGGCCUGGCCAAGUUCCUAUACUUUCUGAAAGAGAAGAAUGUGAACAGAAUUGUGAAACUAAAACUGCCCGACAGCCGUGGUCUUUACACCCAUCAGUUUGUACAUCAACAUAUCUUGAGUCUCUUCGAGAUUGAUGAAUUUGACUGGGUAAGACUAGAUGUUGCUCUCGAUGGCUUCGGAGCAAAUGCCUUUUGGACACACUGGUUAAAGAGGGUCAAUUCUGUGCCAUUUCUCAACUGGCCUUCCGAGUCUCCGACACCAAAGACCGAAACAACGCAUCUUCGAUCCAUUCACCUCUACUCAAACGACGGCAAAUUCUCAGACAACUUGAUCGCUUUCAAGGCGCCGAAAUUACUCCAUUGCAUGCAAGAUCUUCAAAAGAUCCACUUAAACUUGGUCGAGCCCAAAGAUAAGACAUCCUUCAACCAAGAACAAGCUAUGAUCUAUCGCGACUCCGUCCGCCAGGAUGCCGGGCAUUGGAAUGGUGGUGUCACAUUUACGGAAGGCGAGCGUAUAUUAAGUUGGAAAGAGUUCAGUAUUGAGCUCGAAUCCUCCGUUUCGCAGGUGGCAAAAGAGUACGUCCAGAUGCUGAGUGAUCCCCAGCUCGCCACUGAUCGUCGCAGGUUCAAGUUUAUCAAAGACCUCACAGUGUGUCGAGACUUUUUAUCCUCCUUUCACAACAUGAAAUCCCCUCUCGAUAGCAAAACUCGUCACUGCUAUAGAGUAUUUACGGAGCAACGGGUUAAAAUUGCCAUCAUCGACACUGGUGCCGACCAGAUGGAGAAAACCCUUUCGGGGAAUAUCGUUCGGGGCGUGUCAUUUGUCAGAAGUGCUGUCGAACCGCAUUCUGUUCUUCCAUGGUUCACGCCUGGUCAUCCCCACGGGACCCAAAUGGCGGAUCUCAUUCGCAGUGUCAACCCCGAGUGCGAACUCUUUCCUAUCAGAGUCGCAUCCAUGCGCAAAGAUGUGGACAUAUACGCAGCCACCGAGGCCAUCGACUGGGCAAUUGAAAACGAAAUUGAUAUUAUAUCCAUCAGCUGGAUUAUAAAAUUACCUCCAUCGGGCCCAGGAGUGGCAACAUUCAAGGGCGCCGUGAAAAGGGCGACCAAUAACAACAUACUGGUAAUUUGCGCGACGGCAGACAUCGGAGCCCAUAUAAGUGACGAUACGUGGCCAGCCAAUUGCCACAAUGUCAUAGCCAUCUCGGCGUCGAAUGCGUUUGGUCUCCCUAUGCCAUGGUCACACCGUAAUGUCCAUGCAAUGCUUGAUGGUGAUCAGAUCAAGACUCGAGGACCAAGCUACAUGGGUCUGGACGAAAAUGCCUAUGAAUCGGGCUCGUCAGUGGCAACCGCUCUUGCCUCCGGACUUGCAUCACUUUGUCUAUUUCUCGCCCGAAUGGCCAACGAAGACGGCAAAGGGGAAAGGUUCAAAGAUCAAAGGGUCAUGAAGGUUGUCUUUCGAACGAUGCAGGAGAAUGAUACGGAUAAAGUGGUUGAACUAUCCAAGUUUUUCGACAACUCGUUUAGACCGCCGGUGGGAUUUCAGCGCGGUCAUCAACCGCCACCUGACGGGCUAACCAAAUUGCACUGGAGUAAAUUCGAGGAUUUGGGGAGCAAAGCAACUACCAGACGGCCCAACAGUCCUUUACCUGACUCUCCAGUGCAAACUCACCCGUGA